CACGCCCACACCGCACGCCAGCAAGACUUUUGGCCACGCCCCCUGCUGAGCGACCACGCCCACACCGGAAGUUUCUCAUCGAGCGGAAGGGGCGGGGCGCAGCGGGCUAUGGCGGCCGUAGGAGGGGAGGAUGGCGGUGGUGGCGGUGCGGGCCUGGCUUUGGCCUUGGUGGAAGGCAGCGCCGGGCGGGCCGCCCGCGUCGGGGACCCGGGGGACUUGGUGGCGCUGGCCCGGCAGGUGCAGCAGGCAGAUGAGUAUGUUCGAGCCAAUGCCUGCAACAAGCUGUCUGUCAUUGCUGAGCAGAUCCGGUGCUUGCAGGAGCAGGCUCGGAAGGUUUUGGAAGAUGCUAACAGGGAUGCUGAUCUGCACCACGUGGCCUGCAACUUAGUGAAGAAGCCAGGAAACAUUUACUACUUGUAUAGGAGGGAGAGUGGCCAAAAGUACUUCUCCAUCCUGUCUCCGAAGGAGUGGGGGACCAGCCCCCACGAGUUUCUCGGUGCCUAUAAGCUGCAGCACGACAUGUCCUGGACGCCUUUCGAGGACAUUGAGCGACGAGAUGCUGAAAUAAACAUCUUGGACAAACUGCUGAGCCGGCAGGCAGCGCUCCCCCCCUGCACAGAGCCCAACUUCCAGGGCCUCACCAAAUGAUGUGAAGUGUGUUGGCUGUACAGGACCUCUGAACAGAGCUGAUGCCUGAGGACAGGCAGUGCCUGAGCGUUGCCAAAGGCAGGGCAAGGAAAGAGACCAAGAAAUGAAAAUGCUGAUGCUGCCAGUACUUGCUCUUUGCUUUAGUAAGACUAAUUCUGAAUUCAGUCUUACUGGAUUUUCUAGUAAUCAAGUAACUUAUUUCUUUGACUUAUGCCAAGCUUCAACAAGAGGCAGAUGAUAUCAGAUGGAGUAAUUUCAAAAGGACUUGGGGCAAAAAGCAAAUAUGCUUGGGGCAGAUUGAUUGUGUUAUAAAAUAUGUCCUACCCAUCUGGCUGUGGCAUACCUCACUGAGACUGUGUGUGGCAGGUAGUGAUUUCAGGUCUGGAUUUUGGCCCUUAUUACAACACACACAUUUAGGAAGCCCUGUGGCAUGGGAAGAGUGGUUGAGGUCGCAUGCAAUGAGGUCUGUUGUUCCUUGUUCCCUUUCUAGUGGGGAUUUGUUCAUUUCAGACCAAGUAGGGCUCCUCCUGGCCCUUGCACUGCAGCAGAGGAGGUUUUGGUGCUUGGCUUGAGACCCGAAGAUGGGGAUGCUGCAGCUCUGGCUUCUCCCAGGUCACCCUCAGCUCAUCACUGCACCAGGCUUCUCUCGUUGCAGUGCUGCCAUCAGCCCAGCCCCAUCCUGCUGUGCUUCUCUGUGGCUGGCAGAAAUCUUCUCAGAGUCAGCGUAGGAUUUUGGAAGAAGCUUUUCCCAGCUCACCCUCCCUCACUUAGAGCACUGGGCAAAUUAAAAGCAAUGUGUUGUUAUUA